AUGUCGAACAUAGGUAAUGUUGGUGGGGCUUACGGAGCUGGUAAAGCCGGUGCUCCGUUUGAUCCAAUUGCAUUUAUCAAGAAGCCUCAAGUUAUAUUGAGACUAUGUUCAAUGGUGUUUUCAAUUAUUGUCUUUGGCUGCAUAGCGUCAGGAGGAUGGCAUCGUCAAGGUGAAGAAAGUCAUUGUAUCAUGAAUGAUGAUGCCAAUGCCUGUGGCUAUGGGACAGGAAUUGGUGUGAUUGCUUUCUUGGCAUGCAUCAUCUUCCUUGUCCUGGAUGCCAUGUUUGACAACCUCAGCAGUGUUCAGCACAGGAAAUAUGUGGUCAUUGCUGACAUUGUGUUCUCAGGGUUUUGGGCCUUCCUGUGGUUUGUUGGGUUCUGUUACUUGUGUGAUGCUUGGAGAAGAACCCCAGAAGGACAUCGUCUACCUUGGCAGUACCCAACAGACCGUGGCAAAAAUGAUGUGCAGGCAGCUAUUGCCUUCUCCUUCUUUUCCAUCUUCACUUGGGCGGCACAAGCUGCACUUGCAGUGAGGAAGUAUCGCCUUGGUGCUCAAGAUGCGUUCACCACUGGCUAUGACACUGACCCCAAUGCUGCCUCAUCGCCGUACUCCUCCUUCCCAGGAAGCGAGACUGGAGAACCCUAUCAACAGCCGCCAUUCGCCACUCAGAAAGAAGCUCCAGAUUUCUCUCAGCCCACAUACUAGUACUGUUGGAUGCUGGUGAGGCGUUGAAAAUUAUCAAAUUGUGCACUCUUACCAAUGGUCAGUCUGAACAUAUAGCCUCAAUCCCGGCAUGGGAAAGCGCUUUAUGGGGGCGAGUAAGCACACAGGUGUAACUAAAGCACAAAGGUGAUGGCUUUAGCAGACUUUGGGUUGAGGCAAACAGGCUGUUUGCUCAGACUGGCCAUUGGUAGGUAAUGUUCUACAGAUUACACACUCCAUGCAUGCAAGUGUAAGUGCGUCUACAGGAAGCAAAGAAACAGCCCUCUGUUGUGGAAGCAGACCAGAGUUAAAGAUAUUUUAGCUAUAGUGGCUGUAGGUCAUGCUCUUCUGCAGUUAAGUUGUAAUAUUAUUGGCAGGAACUCACUACAUGUAUUGCAACUUAUUUUUUUCUUUCAGUUGCGUUCUACUUAUACGAGAGACUGUGAUGAUUUUUUCAUUGAUUCAUCUCGCUUUCUUUGAUGGUCUUUUCUUUUAUAGCUCUAAUAUCUUUUACUUAAUUUUUGUUACUAAAUUUGAGUAAGUAUAUAAUUAUUUUAAGGUAGAAAUCUCUUUUAAAGAGCUCUUGCCAGAAUUCUGAGAGGGACACCUAUUUUCCACUGAAAUGUCAGUUAUUCUAUGCCAUCAGUUCAUGUCAUAAUCUAUGUACAUGAGCAGUCAACCAGUUUGAGGAAUCCUAUCGCUACAUGAUACUGUAUCAUCACAGCACAUCACUUCACCUAAUGUGAGAGCCAAGCUGUGGAAACAGUUCAAGUUCUAGUUGAUUUGUUGUUUGUGACUAUAAAUGUGCUGUUUACACAUGCUGUGUAUAUUGCUUAACAUUUACGUACUGUUUUAACAUUCAUAAAGUCUGUCCAACUUUUUGCCAAGUUGAUUUACAUUGUUUGUCUUUUUCAUUGGCAUUCCUUUGUAUCCCCAUCCAAGUGGAUACUGUCUUUGUAUUUUGGUUUGUUUGUUUUUUUUUUGUUUAUAUAUAAGGGUGUGUGUUUUUAAGGGUAAAUGUGCAACAAUCAUUCCAUUCCAAAGUUGUCUUUUGUGAUUUUUGACUGCCUAUGUCACUGAUGUACAUUUAUGCAUCCCAGUAAAGUUAGUGCUUUUGAUUCAGAAAUAUAUUAACUAGUAGUAGUAGUAGUAGUAUUCAUGUUUGCAAAUCUCUGGGCCCAGUUAUUCAAAAGUGGGCAGUUGUAAAGACUACUAUAAUUCUUCUCAUUUUUGGAACAGAUAUUAGUAGUGCUGAAGCAGAAUAUUUCAUUUUUUUCUUGGGGUUUUUGGAAAAGUAAAGGUAUGAGUGCUCAUUAGAUGGUCUAACCAUGUGAGAAAAAAGAAACUGAAUAUUCCUGAUACAUUUACAUGCAUGUUGGCUAAAAAGAGCAGACCAAUUGUUCCAAAACUUAGAAGAAAUAGGGUAGGUUUGUCCUUUUGUAGUCAGUGAGCCCCUUCUCAGAUGCUCAUAGUUAAAAACUGGUUCUUCAAUGAAUUGAUGUUACUUUGCCACGUGAUAACAACCUCAGCCUUCAAACCUGCGAGUGUAUUAUUAAUUAAGCCCAUUUUAAAAUUUAGUCUACACUGAAGUUCCAUUAGCUUUUGUAGACCGGUAUUAAGAUUUAAACCUGACUUAACUUUAAUACACUUUUGAAUAACUGACCCCUGGAAUGUUACUGUCUCUGAAGUUCUGCAAACAUGUAACCACUGACUGAGACAGGUUAGAAGUUGAAAGCUGGUUGUGUCAGAUUUCCUUAAGUUUGUCAUACAUUCAUAUGACUGGUAGUGAACACGAAACAUUUUCAGGCAUCUCCUCUGUUUGUUCAACAUUAUCGUUUUUUUGUGUAUUAGUUAUCUCAACUACCUGCCAACCAUGUGCAAAGUGGUUGAUAAUUUUGCAUAAUGAAUUAUUUUAUUGUAUAUUCUUGUAACAAAGAUUCAACCUUGUUAUAAAAAAUUAUAUCUAAAUUGUUCUUUUAGUAAUUUUUUUUUUUAGUCAAACUUAUUGUCCUUUUUUAUAUUUGAGAAGAGGACUUUUCUUUCACUUUAUUUUGGAUCAGAUAAUUCUGAUAAAUGUCUGUAUGAUCUGUUUUGCUUCCAUCCAUUUAAUCGGUUGCAAUACUGUUCCGAGGAAUAGAAACCUGCUUUAGAGGCAUAUCUCAGGUGACAGGGCAAUGGGAGUUGUCCCCCCUUGAUUUUUUGUCCAGCAUGUAGACCACUUUUAGAAAAUAUAUUAAAUUGGUGAUAGUCCAGUAAAUCCACAUAUAUUAAGUCUUGGCUGUAUAUAUGCUACCUAUACAU